AUGAUCCGAGUUGGGUCCCACCCGGGUUGGGUCCUGCCCGGUGGGUCUCGGUGCCCGGGGGGUGGGGGGCUGCUCCGGGUUGGCUGCUGUUGUUCCCUGACCCCCUCCCGCUCCUGCAGCACGCGGGGGCGCUACGGGGAGGGGGCAAAGCAGGAGAAGUUCAAGUACGCCCUGACCCUGGUGUUCAUCCAGUGCGUGAUCAACGCCGCCUUCGCCAGGCUCCUGAUCCGGUUCCUGGAGCCGGGGAAGGUGGAUCGCACGCGGAGCUGGCUCUACGCCGCCUGCUCCCUCUCCUACCUGGGUGCCAUGGUCUCCAGCAACUCAGCACUGCAGUUUGUCAGCUACCCAACCCAGGUCCUUGGCAAAUCCUGCAAGCCCAUUCCAGUCAUGCUUUUAGGAGUGACUGUGCUGCGGAAGAAGUAUCCCCCAGCCAAGUAUCUCUGCGUCCUCUUGAUAGUGGCAGGGGUGGCCCUGUUCCUGUACAAGCCCAAAAAGGGGGCUGGGAGUGAGGACCACGUCUUUGGCUACGGAGAGCUGCUCCUGCUGCUGUCACUGACCUUGGACGGGCUGACUGGAGUGUCCCAGGACCACAUGAGAGCUCACUACCAGACUGGUUCCAACCACAUGAUGCUCCACGUCAACCUCUGGUCCACCUUGUUCCUGGGGGCUGGGAUCCUGUUCACUGGAGAGCUCUGGGAGUUCCUGAGUUUUACGGAGCGUUACCCCAGCAUCAUUUACAACAUCCUCCUGUUUGGCCUGACCAGUGCCCUGGGUCAGAGCUUUAUUUUCAUGACUGUGGUGUACUUUGGACCUCUGACUUGUUCCAUCAUCACCACAACCCGCAAGUUCUUCACCAUUUUGGCCUCUGUCAUCCUGUUUGCCAACCCCAUCAGCUCCUUGCAGUGGGUGGGGACGAUCCUGGUCUUCUUGGGUCUUGGACUCGAUGCCAAAUUUGGGAAAGUGGUAAAGAAGACAUCACAUUGAGGAUGUGAUUGAUCUCUGGAUUUGGGAGGAACUUUUAAUUUAUUGUCUUGUACCUCAAAAUCUGUUAUGAAACUGGACUCAGGAUAGGUAACCAGAAGGGAGAGUGUUUGAAUUUUUUUUUGUUGGUUUAGUUUUUUAAUUCUAAAU